CGUCCUGCUAUGAAGCCGCUUGGACGUCCGCAUGAGGCCGGCAGGUGAGAAUGUCUGCUGACGUCGAGUCCAAAUGAUAUUUUCAGGUGUUCUAUUGAUCUUGGCACUAACAGAAGAAUUAGUAUUUGCUGUUCAGGUACUGACUCCCAAACUUGUGUCAUCUCAGGGCCUCCUGAUGGACAAUAUUAGUAUCUCAGCUAUGGGGACAACUCCAGGACUCAGAGGCCAUCACCCAACCAAAUCUUUGCCCACAACAACUCUUGCAAAUGCUGACUCCAGUAGUUCAGCAGAAACUUCUGUCCCUUCUGUUGGCCAGAAGGAACUAAGCAGCAGCCAUUUUGUUGGCAACACAGAACCUUAUCAUUUAUACAACCAGAGUGCUUUGUUGUCCAGAAAGACACUCACCAAAGGAAAAAUGUUUCUGAGUGUCCAAGGCAAUUUCACAGCAUUUACAGAGCCUUAUCUAAAGACAGAAUUAUAUUCUUCUGCUACCACAGAAAACUGGCCCCCAAAACAUCCAUUUCAGACCCAGCCUACAGUUCACACCAGUCGUCAAAAUACUUUACAGGGAGCCACAACAGACUCAGUUGCUUCUUUCCACACCUUGGAAGGCCUUAACGAAAUAGAGAAGGGGAAGUCAUCAGAACGGAUUACACGGGAGGUUGAUCUCACCACACCAACAAUUGAUCCAUCAACUGUUCCUGAAAUGGUGACAGUGCCUUUUAAACCCACGCGGUUUGGCAUAUGGGAUAUACUGGGGAAAAAUAACUCAUGGAUAAACUCGAGCCAGAGUACAAACCAGGUACCCUUUUUUGCCAGUCCUGGGACAACAACAGCAGAAGUAGACUUUGGACGCCCUAGUCAAAGUGAUGCUGAUGCCAGUCUUUCCUCCUCAUAUACAACAGGGAGCUCUGUUGAGGAACCAGCCACCACACUGCAUCCCUCUGGAUAUAAUACCAGCCUGCCAAGCAGUACGCUUUCUACAGAAUCCUCUACAUGGCUUCCAAGUUCCACUUCAACAGCGACAGAGAAUUUCCUAAACAGACUGGUACCUGCUGGUACUAGAAAGCCUGACGUCCCAGGAAAUAUUUCUCAUGUCACAGAAGGGGACAAGCCCCAAUACAGGGCAACCAUUUGCCUCAGCAAAGUGGAUAUAGCAUGGAUCAUCUUGGCCAUCAGUGUACCCAUAUCCUCAUGCUCUGUGCUAUUAACUGUCUGCUGCAUGCGACGAAAAAAGAAGACAUCAAAUCCAGAAAACAACCUGAGUUAUUGGAACAAUGCAAUCACUAUGGACUACUUCAACAGGCAUGCAGUAGAAUUGCCAAGAGAAAUACAAUCCCUUGAAACAUCUGAGGAUCACCUUUCUGAGCCCCGCUCCCCAGCCAAUGGUGAUUACAGGGACACCGGCAUGGUUCUUGUUAACCCUUUCUGUCAAGAGACACUCUUUGUAGGACAUGAACAAGUGUCUGAAAUAUGAA